UAGUAUUUUACUAUUUACUGUUUACUUUUUAUUCUUGUUGUUUAUGAUUCGGUAUUCCCAAUUUCGGUGAUUCGUCAUUCAUCUCCAUUAUUGCUUAUUGUUGUUUGUCCCUGCCCCCCUAGCUACUGACGUUUGUGUCUGGUGUGUUUGUUUUUUCGUUAGUCGUUUCGAAAUUUCGAAUAUUGUCUAGUGUCUACUGCUCUUGUUUUUUGUCGGAAAAUUCACAACCGUCUGUUCAACAAUUGUUUACGCACAUCUUUCAAAAAUGGCCGUAGAAAGUGGAGAUGGUCCUUCAGAACACAUUAAUCUGAAAGUAUUGGGACAAGAUAACGCAGUUGUUCAAUUUAAAAUAAAGAAGAACACACCACUUAAAAAAUUAAUGAAUGCGUACUGUGAAAGAACUGGUAUAUCCUUCGAAACUGUGAGAUUCAGGUUUGAUGGUCAAGCAAUUACAGCGACUGAUACUCCAGCUUCAUUAGAGAUGGAAGAAGGUGAUACACUUGAAGUCUACCAACAACAGACUGGUGGUUGUUUUAAUUACGAUAACUACUUUUUUUUUUUUUAAUUCUCGUCAUAUUUCAUUUAUCAUCUUAGUGUUACAAACCUCAAAACUAUAAAAUGUAUAUCCGUUUUCUACAAAGCUAAGAGUGUAUUUUAAAAUUUUUAAUAAGUAAUACAAAUUUAUAUUCAAUACAA